UUCACAAAAUGCAAAAUUGUUAGAGCGUGAAGCCAGACGCAUCAUAAACUACCAACCAAUCAUCUCGUGCCUGGAAAUCCUACUCAUCCCCGCAAAUGUCAGUCCAUAAAACGCCUUUCCUAUGCACUCCCGUUUCCCAAUCCCUAUUUUCUUGAAUUUUUGGCUCCAAAAUAGGCCACAUGUGGGUGUCAGAGCUCCAAAGCCAUGCCCCCGAUCAUCCUCAAUGCAUAAAACCCUAUGCUCAUUGACACCCACCUGACCCAGUUAUCCUCAAUGCAUAAAAUUCUAUGCCCAUUGUCACCAACAAUUUCUUGAACUUUUGCCUUCAAAUUAGGCCAAAUGUGGGUCUCAAAGCUCCGAAGCCUGAGAUGGGUCUAUCUAUUUUUGGUGAUAGCGAACGCGGUCGUGGUCAUUCUUGGUGUGUUUCUGGUAUUUCUUGCGUACCCGCCUUGUGGGCGUCACCGUGUUCUUCCUUAUUUGGUUGUUUCAUUGGCCUCUGUGGUGAGGGUCAUUGCCAUUAUUCGAGCUGGAAUCGCCCAAGAAGCGGCUGCCAUCAUGAUCCUCGCUUCUCCGGACGAGACCACCAUUGUUGAUGCUGUUAUUCGCCAGGAGAGACGGAUGAAGUAUAAAACAUGGCUUUGGUGGACCCGGUUUGCAAUGGUAAUUACUAUACUGCAAUUUGUGGGAGCUACUUACCUUAUUUUCCAUGUGGCUAAACAUACUUCUAAUGAUGGGACAUCAAAUGACUGUGUUUUAGGGACAGUUCCAAAAGGUUACCAGUGGAAGAAACAUAUAGUGGUGGCUUAUAUGAUCCUAGUAUGUUUUGUAGCAUUGGUACAAUGUUUUACGGGAUCUGAUGUUCUUAGAUGGAGGUCCUUUUAUGCAACCCAAGAUAAUGCAUGGAAAGCUCAUUACCGGGAGGUAUUCGAUCGUGGCAUUCGUGAGGCUUUGUGCUGUCUGGGACGUUUCAAAUACUUGAGUGCAUUGGAGGAGGAUGAGGUUUAUUCGGUGGCCCGAUUAUUAGGUGAUCUUGUUGCUUAUCGUGCAUCAGGCACGGGACAUUUGGAACUCUUGGCAGGAUUAGCUUUAUUGAAGACACAAAGCCAACUCCCUAAAUCAUAUGAAGGGUCUCUGGAGGCAUCAGUAGAAAGGAUUCAGGAUGCUGCUGUUUUUCAUCCAUUUGCUGAAGCUGCUUAUACGGGUCUGCUACUUGAUUUUGGAAGAAAUCCCAUCUUGUUUCCAUGUGUUUGGAUCUAUAGGCAAGGGUUUCUAAGUCCCUGGACUCGCAAUAGGCAACCUGUACUUCAGGGUGAUAACUGGUGGCGAGGUCAUGCAGCAGCCUUUCUGAAAUAUGUUCGUUUAUCCCCAGAAGUACUUCGACUAGGUCGUGUUUGUCAGGCAAAGUGUGAAGCCGCAUAUUUUGUUGUGGUUCUACAUCAUCUAAGAUCUGUAGUGAUAGCUGUACGAGGAACUGAGACUCCCGAGGACCUCAUAACUGAUGGCUUGUGUGGGGAAUGCUCCCUUUCUGUGGAAGACUUGGAUGGGUUGAUAAAUAGCAAUCAAAUUCAUCCUAAUGUGAGACAAAGUGUGAUCUCCUCUUUCCCACACUAUGGCCAUUCAGGCAUAGUUGAGGCUGCACGGGAUCUUUUCAAUCAAGUUGAAGGAAAUGCUGGCGCUGGUGAUAGUUCACCAAAGUCAAGUGGCUUCCUUUCCUCAUUGCUCCAAGAUGGAUGUGAGUGUGAGGGUUAUAAUGUUCGUAUAGUGGGGCAUUCCCUAGGAGGUGCUAUUGCUGCAUUGCUUGGAAUAAGGUUGUAUGGCCGAUACCCAAAUUUACAUGUCUAUUCCUAUGGGACCCUUCCAUGUGUGGAUUCAGUUGUAGCAGAUGCAUGUUCAGAAUUUGUCACAAGCAUUGUAUAUGGCAAUGAAUUUUCAGCACGACUUUCAGUUGGAUCAAUCUUGCGGCUUCGUGGAGCUACGCUUACAGCUCUAUCAGAAGAUACCACAACUGAUACAGCUGCGAUAUUCAGACUUGCACGUCGAUUGCUGCAUUUAAGCAGGUAUCGAGGAAGUAAAAACAAGGAAAAGGGUCCUGGUUUAGAUAUCCAUCCUGGGGCAGUAACGGCUGAAGGUAUAAGCCACAUCCAUGGAAGCCAGCAUAUGAAUAAUACCGAAGGGAACAGGACACAGGAUCGAGAUACUUCACUCUGGAUAGAGGCUGACAUGAAAAGUAGUUCAGAUGAAAGUGAUCUUGGUGACUCGCCAGAUAGUUUUUGCAAUCCUUUUGCUGAAAUUACUGCAGACAUAAUUCCAUCAGAUGAUCCUGUAUCUGAGUUUAUGGAAGCUGUCCCAAGCUCUGAUAAUGUGUCAGCUGGAGAUCCCCAUGAUAUAUUUCUACCAGGCCUUAUCAUUCAUAUAGUACCGCAGCAAAGGAGCUUCCAUUUGCCUCUAUGGAAGGGCUGCAGAAUCCAAGAGAAGGCACCGAGCUAUAAAGCAUAUAUAUCAGAUAGAGAAAGGUUCAAGGAUAUCAUUGUUUCACCAUCUAUGUUCCUUGACCAUCUCCCUUGGAGAUGCUACUAUGCCAUGCAAAAAAUAUUGGGGACUGAACAUGCCAAAAAUCUGCUUGAUGAAUCAGAAAUUGUGUGAGUUCUGCACAGCAAGGCCAUUCCUAAACUCUUCUCUUCUAUGGGAAUGGUUCCCUCCCAACUGCAUCUCACUUCCAUCCUUGUCAGGCAUUGGAGGCUCAAAUUUUCCCAAUGAUUGGCUUGAUGAAUCUCAAAUGGUAUGAGUUCUAAGAAAAUUGCAGCUCUAAAUUCUGGAUUGAAGGCCAAAGGAAAAAUUCGACGAUCAGGUUCUGGCAAUCGUUCUUUUCCCAAAUCUUGAACAGCAUAAUAGGAGGCAUUGUACAAGCAAAUAGAUGCUCAAAGCUCUAAAGCCCAAUUUCAGAUGGUUCAUAGAAGUUUUGUAACCUCGUAUUCUUCAGUUUCAUAAAGUAAAAUGUAUCUUAGGACAGAAAGAUACACCCUAGGUUUUAUUAGGGUCCUUGAAGCUUAACCUUCCUUUAAGUGGAAAUGAAAUAUAUACUAUAUUAUAUAUGUAAAUUUUGUAGGCAAGUUCCUUAGAACACUGGAAUAAGACAUGGGGAUAGGAAAUUCAUUCACCCCACUGCCUUUGGAUUACAAUUAGAAAUGAGGAUAGUUCUUAUUGAAAUAUAUGAUUAGAAA